AAAUGGAUUAAUUAAAUAGAUGGUAGAUUUUAUAGUAAAGAUUCCUUAUCUCAUAACAUCUCCCUCCCUACACAGUUAAUGGCAUCUCAUCUGUCAGCUAUCCCUCAACGUUUCUCUUCUUCUUCUUCUUCUAAAACCUCUACUCGUCACUAUAAUGUAAAUGUGAGGUCCAAGUCAGUUGGGAUUCGAGUCAGAUCAAGUUUACAAAAUGAAAGCUCCGAUUCAGCCAACAACAAGGACGGUGAGACAUCAACAUCAAGGCGCUUGUGUAUUGCAUGUUUAUGUUCAACAAUAACACUAAUAUCUAAUGCUGGAACUUCAAUGUUCGUUCCGAAGGCAAUUGCUUUAGAUGGAAAAGAAAGGGCUGUAUGUCGGAAUUGUAGCGGCAGUGGUGCAAUACUUUGUGACAUGUGUGGAGGUACAGGAAAAUGGAAAGCUCUCAACAGAAAACGUGCUAAAGAUGUUUAUGAGUUCACAGAGUGCCCUAAUUGCUACGGUCGGGGGAAACUGGUAUGUCCGAUUUGUUUAGGUACUGGUUUACCAAAUAACAAAGGUCUUCUCCGGAGGCCAGAUGCUCGUCAAUUACUAAAUAAGAUGUAUAAUGGUCGGUUAUUACCGGGAUCUUGAGCAACUUCUUUUUACUCCUUGUUUCCUCCAUUACUGGACUGAAGCAAACCAGAAAGUAAAACAUCAUGAUUCAUGGGUGGGUGUUUCAGAUUAUUUUACGGAUACAAUUGGGAAAAGUUAAUAGUAAUAUUUUGUUUAGGCAGUUUUGAUUGUAAUAUUAUUCAACAACAGUGUAUAGUCUGUAUAAUAUAUCUCGUCUGAUUAUAUUUGAAAUGAAUUAACUUCUUUGGUCUGAUAA